AUGUCGGCCUCCUCCUCAAAGGAGCAGCUACAAGAAUGCUUCAUCUGCCACACCGUCAUCACUGGAGACGUUGAUGUCUUUGAGCAUCAUCUCAACCAAUGUCAGUGCUGUGCUGAGCGCUGAGCGCUGAACCGCCGGCUGGGCGCGGUUCAUCGAACGGGCAACUCGCUGACCGCGUCGUGUGCUGGCCCGCACGUGACAGGCCUCGACGCUUCCCAAGAAGCUACGCCCGGCUCGGACCUUGGCGUCGAACAAGACAAGAAAAUCGACGACGACGAUCACGUUCCACCUCCUCGAGCCGCUGUCGAGGUGCUCAUCGUCUCGGAUAGUGAAGCCGAGGAUGAUAAAGAUGACGACGACGACGUUUGCCCCAUCUGCGACCAGCCGUGGCGCUCGAUCGACCUCGCCCCCGUCCAAGCCUCACGCGACGCCCAUGUCGGGGAAUGCCUCGAGCAUCGCGCACUUUCCUCAGAGGCUUCCGAGACCGAAGAGGGAGAAGAAGACGAAGAAGAUGGUCUCGCGGUCACAAAUGCAAAGACGUCUUCGUCUGCGCGUAGGAAAGGAUUCGGAGCGUUCAAGCAGCCGAGACUCUUGGACGGUACGGACACGGAACCGGAAGGAAUACCAGGUAAGUGAGGUUCUUACUGUACCGGUAUUCUCUGGGGCUUGAAUACUCAAGCGUACUGGGUGCCUUCCUCAGGCCUCGUUGCCGUGAUUGCUUCGAUUGUCAAGAUGGCCCCCCGGAAGCUGUCGCCAGUGUGGACCACCCUUGUCGCGAACGAACACACCCACUACAUUCGUGGCCGAGGAACGGAUCUGGUUUGGAGUUGUGGGUAAGCCAAGCAAACUUUUUUUCUGGUUCUCCGAAACUACUGCUCACACCCUCUAUUCGGGCGUACCUCUCGGCAACCUCGAAGAUAUCGCAAUGCGCAGAUGCUGUUUUCGUCCCUGCGCCAUCUGCCCGAAUACAACACCUCAGCUAGCGGCCCUUCUCCGGUUCCGUCCAUCUUGGAACUACAAGGUGUCAUCGAGGAUGCUUGGAAGGCAGGUCAGUCAGGCCAAUCGUGCCCGCACUUCAGAUCGAUUCUUCGAUUCGUCAAUGCUGAAGCUUCGCUCGAUGAUCAUUAAUUAGGCCAUGACUUGAACGGCGCCGCUUAUUUCAACGGCAGGCUGCGAGGAAGCAAGAGGUGGACCGGAGCAACCGAGAUGUACACGGCGCUCACGGCUCUAUCCAUACGGUACGACCGAUCAGCUCCUGCCCAGCCCCGCCAUUACCCGCUCCAGCUCAUCCUGGCGCUCCACCUUUGUCCUCCAUCACAGCUGUCAAAUCGUCGACUUCCCGAAACUUCCUCAUGCGAAGAAAGGCGCAGAUUCAUCCUUGAUCCGAUGGAUCGUCGCUUACUUCACCGGCACGCUCGAGGCUUGCUGCGUUUCCGUUUCCAAUUCGAACGGUGACAUUCGGCUUCGAGCAUCCUCGAGCUUCCCAACCAGCAUCUUACCCAUCAUGUCGGCCAAGCAGCCCUUGUACUUGCAACACCAGGGUCAUUCAAGGACCGUCGUCGGAAUCGAAUACGGCGAGCAAGGAGAGGGGUAUUUGUUGAUGUUCGAUCCGGCGAGGUUCGUUCUUUCCCGUGAUCUCUCGUUCAAGUCGAGCCUCGUCUGAGCCGAAAGGUCACAUUCUAAAUUUUCAGACGCGUCCCAAAUGCUCUCAAGAAAUCCGCGUCCAAAGUGGACAACGCCAUGUCAACUCUGUCCACUUCUCCCUCAAGCUCCAAAAAGCGACCCCUGUCCUCUUCCGCUCCGCCUACCCCAUCCGUCAAUGCGUUCUGGGCCGAAUCCCCUCAAGCGCGUCUGAGACCCGACCCAGAUGAUGCCAGGCCGUUUCACGAGCCUAAACUCUUCACAAAGAUGAUGGCAAAUUCCACGAUGAUGUCGUUGCCCUCGGCGGGGUUGAACUUGAAGUCGUUGGGCACGUUCAGGGUCGAUUUCAAGUCAUUAAGUCGCAAGGAUCAGUAUCAGGUUCGUCCUCUGUUUCUCUCCGAGAAGUUCUCUCUGCGCGAUGUUGAGGCUGAAGGUUUCUGGUUCUUUCUGAUUCAGGUCUUGUACGUUGAACCGGGUUCCCGGCUGUCGGCUGCGGAGGUCGAGGAGCGCAAAAUCGUAAAGAGCAAGAGAGUGAUCGGUUAA